AUGCCCGCCACCUCCAGUUCUUCGAUAAUGACGAGCGCCUCGGAAAAGACCACGCCUCCAGCCUCACAGCCCUCCUCAAUUAGAUCUGUUGAGCUGUCCACGCGGUCCCCCAAAAUCAACCCGGAGAAUGGCCAGCCCGUCGCCAACGGAACCCUCAAUGCCGAGGGACAGCCGAAGACGUCGGUCAAGGACAGACUGACAAGAAUGUUCUCGACCAAAGACGUCACCAAGCUUCCCACUGCUUCCGCCGAAAUCUCCCCCACAAGAGCACCGCCAGUCCGCAAACCCUCGACAACAGACAAACCUCGCGAGGGCCCAGCUAGCACCACCUCCAAGACCACCCAGCUGUCUCAGAGGUACAUUGUCAACUCAAAUGUACAAGGUGGCCAUGAACAUCACUUGAAGGGUGCCAAGCGGCAGGAGAAGCUCUCGGACAUGUGGAAGUCAUUGCUUGGAAAGAAGAACGCCGACGUACCAGAAGCAGACUUGUCACUCGUCUCCAACUGGGUCGACACCCUGAAGCAAGAGAAGGACUCAUUGGCCAACGACAAGAAAGGCGGCCCCAAUGCCACCAGUACGCUUAUUGACAAAUACGGAAAGUGCCAGGAGGUCGUCGGCCGUGGCGCCUUUGGUAUUGUAAGGAUAUCGCACAAGAAGGUCGAGAAUGGUGGCGAAAAGCUGUUUGCAGUCAAGGAAUUCCGCCGCAGACCUGAAGAGACAGAAAAGAAAUACAGCAAGCGACUGACUGCCGAGUUCUGCAUUUCUUCCUCCCUACGCCACCCAAAUGUCAUCCACACUCUGGACUUGCUGAAGGACUCCAAGGGUGACUACUGCGAAGUCAUGGAGUUCUGUUCCGGUGGAGAUUUGUACACUCUUGUUCUUGCCGCGGGUAAGCUUGAGGUUCAGGAGGCGGACUGCUACUUCAAGCAGAUGAUGCGCGGCGUCGAGUACAUGCAUGAAAUGGGUGUCGCUCACAGGGAUAUGAAGCCCGAGAAUUUACUGUUGACUUCCCAUGGCGCCCUCAAAAUCACCGAUUUCGGCAAUGGCGAAUGCUUUCGUAUGGCUUGGGAGAAUGAUGCUCAUAUGGUGUCGGGUCUUUGUGGCUCAGCGCCGUAUAUCGCUCCCGAAGAGUACAUAGAUCGAGAGUUCGACGCCCGCGCAGUCGAUGUCUGGGCUUGCGGCGUCAUCUAUAUGGCAAUGCGCACGGGUAGACACUUGUGGCGCGUCGCUAAAAAGGAUGACGACGAGUUCUACGAGCGGUACCUCGAGGGCCGUCGCGACGAGGAGGGGUACGGACCCAUAGAGUCGUUGCACCGUGCGCGGUGUCGUAAUGUCAUCUAUUCCAUUCUUGACCCCAAUCCUUCGAGACGUAUCACCGCUUCACAAGUCUUGAAGUCAGAAUGGGGUCGUGAGAUCAAGCUUUGCAAGGCUGGCGAAGAAGGUCUUUGA